AUGGGGAGUUUCCUGGUGUGGCUGAGUGACCCAGGAGCUCUGAGGGAGGACCCCGGGGUGCUCUGUGCUCAGUUCCCAGCCUGUGUCUCUCAGUUCUCAGUUUGUUCUGUGUUCACAGAUGAGUUCCAGGUGAUUGGCCCCUCAGAACCCAUUAUGGCAGAGUUGGGUGGUGAGGCCACUCUGCCCUGCUACCUGCUUCCGCCAAUGAAUGCAGAGGACAUGGAGCUGCGGUGGUACCGCACCAAGUUCUCAGAAGAGGUGUUCGUCUAUCGGAACCACCAGGAACAGCACAAGGAGCAGAUGCCCCAGUACGCAGGGCGGACCUCACUGGUGAGGGACCUCCUCACCCAGGGGCAGGCUUCCGUUCGCAUCCUGAAGGUCCGGGCUUUGGACAACGGGAGGUACACCUGCUUCUUCCAGAAGGGAGGCCGCUAUGCAGAGGCCAUUCUGGAACUGAAGGUGGCAGGUCUGGGCUCUGCCCCUCAAGUGCACAUUGAAGGGCCAGAGAAGGACGGGGUCCGUGUGGUGUGCAAGGCCUCGGGCUGGUUCCCGAAGCCCCAGGUGCGGUGGACAGACCUCAGCGGGAAGAAGUUCGUGGAGUUCUCUGAGGCCCAUGCCCAGGACACAGCAGGGCUGUUCAGCGUGGAGGCGGCUCUGGUGGUGAGAGACAGCUCUGCAGGGAGUGUGAGCUGCUCCGUCCUCAAUCCCAUCCUGGGCCAGGAGAAGGCGAUGGCCGUGUCCAUCCCAGAGCCCUUCUUCCCGCAGGCCUCUCCCCGGAAGGCAGCUUUUGCUGGGAUCCUGACGGUGCUGGGGCUCCUGCUCUUUGGGGCUGGCUGCUUCACCAGGAGAGAGCACUCUGCAAAGCUGCAGGAGAGGCAGAGACAGGAGAAGCUGCGCCGGGCUAAGGAGGAGGACCAGCGGGCAAAGGAGGAGGCACUGAAGGCCAGAGAUGAGCUCCAGGCAGAACUCGAUCAGAGGAAGACAGCUUACCUGGCUGGUGAGUGA